AUGGAAGGGUUUGCGUACGUUGAAGAUGAUAAUUACAAAAAUAAUGUUCAUGUGUUGGUGUUGCCGGGAUAUCAGGGAAUUGUCGAUGCCGCAAUGUCAGACCGCGAUGAUGUCUUUAAAGAUUUACUAGCGCAUUUUGAGGAUAUCAAUACCGUUGUUGAUACUCGUGGAAAUACUUUGCUCAACGUGAUGACCAUUCUAGGGAGGGUUCAUUUCUUCAACCUUAUAAUUGACCGAGAGGAUGCGAAUCUCGUGGCAACUGACGACCAAGGCAACACAGCGCUUCACUUUGCUGCGCGGAAGGGGAAUAUAAUGGGGCAGCCAGAAGGCAGCGGCUAG